CGACGAAACAAAAUAACAAUAAUAAAAUUUGCAGGAGAAAGGAAGGAUGCUCUCAGGUUCGCUUGUUGCCGUUAGAACACGCGCCUCCGCAGCAGCCUUUGCUUUCACCAUCGUUUUCGUCUUCCUCUUUCUCGCAGCUGACUCCGCCGCCAACAACGAUUCUCAGGUCAAAUGCAGCAAAACAUGUGUUGCACAGAAUUGUAAUUCGGUCGGAAUUAGAUACGGCAAGUAUUGUGGAGUAGGAUGGACCGGCUGUCCUGGAGAGAAACCCUGUGACGAUCUAGACGCCUGUUGUAAAAUUCACGAUGAUUGUGUCGAAAAGAAAGGUUUGAUGAGUAUCAAAUGCCAUGAGAAGUUCAAGACAUGUAUAAAAAAAGUGAAGAAAUCUGGUAAGGUUGGAUUUUCUCGAGACUGUUCAUAUGAUACAGCUGUGCCUACUAUGAUACAAGGUAUGGAUAUGGCGAUUUUGCUGAGCCAGUUCGGUAGCCCGAACCCUAAGAUUGAACUCUGAUUUCUCUAUUCUUGUACAUCACUCUCAUUUUUUCAUUUUUGAACUCUUUUAAGAUAUUAUAGGUUCUCUGUAAUUUUUGUACUAUUUUACUAAUUUUAAUCACAUCACUUUGAAGAGAUUCCAUUA